UAUGAGCACACGAAAUAACGAGACCCACGUGGCGGCACGUUCUUUGUGAGCCGUCUCGAGUUCCCCGCAUGCGAACGCAGUCCCAGCUGUGCUCUCGAGUGAUUCGAUACUAUCGACCGUGCGCAAGCUCUCCGUGGUGAUGAGUUCCCGCCGAAAGAUUCCCAACAUUCUGGUCACGGGUACUCCAGGGACUGGGAAGUCGACCCUGUGUUCUGAACUCGAAACACGAACGAUGUGCCUCGAGUGGAUCAACGUCGGGGAGGUUGCCAAGCAGAACAAGUGCUUCGAAUCCUUCGAUGACCAAUACAAGUGCCAUGUACUCGACGAAGAGAAACUCAUGGACGAAAUUCAGGACAAGAUGGAUGAUGAAAUCGGCGGUAAGAUGGUCGACUACCACGGUUGCGACUUCUUCCCGCAACGAUGGUUCGACGCGGUGUUCGUACUGCGCACCGACACGAAACUGCUCCACGAUCGCUUGACUGGCCGAGGCUAUGAGGGGAAGAAACUCGAGGACAAUUUACAAUGUGAGAUCUUCCAAAUUUUACUCGACGAGGCCAGGUCUGCUUACGACGAGAAAAUCGUGCACGAACUUAUCAGCGACUCUCCAGAACAGCUUGAGGACAAUCUAGAAAAAAUCAGCAAGUGGGUCGAGGAGUGGAAGAACGCGUCGCAGUAGCAUAAUUUGGACGAUUAGCUUCUGAUUGAAUUUCCGCGUGGAGCGUAUUGUCAAAUGUACAUAAAAAUGUUUAAUGGGAAGCGCUCCGAAGUUAUCCUGUCCUCGACCGAUCGAUCCAGCUGGCGCGCCACUAACCGAGCUCUGAUACGAUAUCAAUGGAUCCAUCGACCCCCCGGGAAUGAUUCACUUCCGACGUUAUUUGUUAUUUAAUUGCCUAAAGAAAAAGGGACGAUCCAAGCGAAGCGAAUAAAUUAUGGAAAAAUUCGACGCGUUCGAUUCACUCCAGA